AUGAAGUUGACGCUACUACCGAUCCUUUUGUCAAUUAUUUUUGCCAGCUUUAUUAAGUCAGAAGCAAUUGUAACGGAUCAACAAGAAGCCUUCAAUACUAUUGAGAAAUCAAAUCACACAAAUAAUUGGGCAGUUCUAGUUUCGACAUCAAGGUUUUGGUUUAACUACCGUCAUAUGGCAAAUGUUUUAAGUUUCUAUAGAACUGUGAAAAGAUUGGGUAUUCCUGACUCACAAAUCAUAUUGAUGUUAUCUGAUGAUAUUGCAUGUAAUUCAAGAAAUGCAUUCCCUGGUACAGUUUUUAAUAAUAUGGAUCAAGCAUUAGAUUUAUAUGGAGAUAGUAUUGAAGUUGAUUAUAGAGGUUAUGAAGUAACUGUUGAAAAUUUUAUAAGAUUGUUAACAGAUAGAUGGGGUUCUGAACAACCAAGAUCAAAAAGAUUGUUAACUGAUGAGAAUUCAAAUAUUUUGAUUUACUUGACAGGUCAUGGUGGAAAUGAAUUCUUGAAAUUUCAAGAUGCAGAAGAAAUUGGAGCAUAUGAUAUAGCGGAUGCAUUUGAACAAAUGUAUGAAAAAAAGAGAUAUAAUGAAAUAUUUUUCAUGAUCGACACUUGUCAAGCAAAUACAAUGUAUGAAAGAAUCUAUUCACCUAAUAUCUUAUGUAUUGGAUCAUCGAAUUUAGAUGAGAGUUCCUAUAGUCAUCAUUCAGAUAUGGAUAUCGGAGUUGCAGUUAUUGAUAGGUUCACUUAUUACUGUCUAGACUUCUUGGAGAAAAUUAAUAGAAAUUCAAAAGAGACUAUGAAUAAAUUAUUUGAUGUAUUAACAUUCGAGAAUGUUCAUUCUCAUCCCGGUAUAAGAACUGAUUUGUUUAAAAGGGACGUGAAUAACGUUUUGUUGACUGACUUUUUUGGAAAUGUUCAAAAUGUUUUGAUUGACAAGGAAGACGCUGAUAAGGAUGUAUUAAGUUCAAUUUCAAAUUCCUAUAAUCAUUCGAAUCACAAUGAAUAUAUAUCGAUGAAGGAAAAUAUACAAAGGGUACCUCCACAAUUUGGUUUUGAAACUGACAGUAGCUAUGAAUCUACAGAUUUAACAAAUUUAGUUUCAAAGUCUCAGGCUAAUUCAAUCACAAUAGCUGCAAUAACAAUAAUUUUGGUGCUAUGGUUUUUCUCACCUAAAUUCUAG